UUAAGAAGAUUUGUGCGAGGUUGUAGACUCCGAGUCAUUUGAAUCAAAUGAUUCUCAAACGAUUCAGUGUUUGAUUCACCGCGCGGUGACGCUAGUCAAAACAGUGUAAAUACAACGAAAAUAUCAAACACGUGGAGUGACAAUCUUUACAAACCAACUGCAAAUGUUUUCAAAACAAAAAGUCCAAACACAGAGGGAAAACUCCUGCUGAAGCGACUGAUCUCCACACUGUUAUAAAGAUGGCGUUUAUUAAAGUGGAGAGUGAAGACCUGAAGAUUGAAGAAACAUUCACAGUCAAACAGGAAGAUCCUGAACAACCAGAGCUCAUGAUGCUGAAAGAAGAGACUCAGGGAAUAAAGGAAGAGGAAGAUUUAACGAAUGAUGAAAAACCCACUAAGACGAAGAAGGCUUUGUCAUGUGAAAAAGCUCUGAAUGCCGGAACUAUCAGUUCUUUAACCUGCAGUCAUUGUGGAAAGGGUUUUACUAAUAGAUCAAAACUUAAAGUCCACACGAGACUUCAUACCAGAGGAAGGCCUUACACUUGCCCUCAAUGCGGAAAGAGAUUUACUCAAAAAGAAAACCUCAAACUCCAUAAUAGAGUCCACACUGGGGAGAAACCAUUUGCGUGCCAACAGUGUGGGAAGAGUUUCAGUCAAUUACAAUCCCUCAAUAAUCACCUUACAAUCCACACUGGAGAGAAGCCCUACACCUGCCCUCAGUGUGGAAAGAGUUUUUCUCAAAAAAAAAGCAUCAAAAUCCACAUGAGGAUUCACACCGGAGAGAAGCCAUUUGCUUGCCAACAAUGUGGAGUCAGAUUCAGGCAAUUACAAACGCUUAAAAGUCACAUUACGAUUCACACUGGAGAGAAACCUCAUGCCUGCCCUCAGUGUGGGAAGAGUUUCCGUCAAAGACGGCAACUUAAAAUACACUCGAGACUUCACGCUGGAGAGUUUUCAUUCACAUGCCAACAGUGUGGAAAGACUGUCUCCCAGAAGUCAAGCCUUGAAGUCCACAUGAGGAUUCACACCGGAGAGAAGCCGUUUGCCUGCCAACACUGUGGAAGGAGGUUCAGGCAAUUGCAAGGCCUUAGAGUUCACGUUACCAUUCACAGUGACAAGAAGCCUUAUGCCUGCCCUCAGUGUCAGAAGAGUUUCCGGUUAAAACAAAAGCUUGACGAACACAUGAGAGUUCACACGAAAGAGAAACCAUUCAAGUGCCAACAUUGCGGUAAAAACUUUACACGCAAACCAUCCCUUGUUUCUCACAUGAACACUCACACUGGAGUGAAACCGUUCAUUUGUGGCCAGUGUGGAAAGAGUUUUGCACGUAAAUCUACUCUUGAUAAACACUUGAGGAAUCACUGAGAAGAUCUCUACACUGGAGAACACGAUCAAGUUCAUUUUCAUGGCAAAGAGGGACAGUACAUUCAUCUGAUCACUCUUCAUAACAUUCUUGAGUAUGAGGUGGCAAGGUGGCUCGGUGGUUACCACUGUCGCCUCACAGCAAGAAGGUUGCUGAUUCAAGUCCUGACUGGACCAGUUGAUAUUUCUGUGUGGAGUUUGCAUGUUCUCCGUGUUGGCAUAGGUUUGCUCAGGGUGCUCCGGUUUCCCCCACAGUCCAAAGACGUGCAGUAUGGAAAGACUGAGGUUUAUAAAAAGACUGGGAUGCACUGUCAAAACGCACGGCAAACAGGUGGCGAUAUAAUCCUCAGCAUAAAUUCGCAAUUCUCAAACUUAUGGCCACAGUUCUACAGUACAGUAGUUGCUGUGUUCAUUAGUUUCACCCAUUUUCCUUUAUCUUUUAAGUUUUUAUAUUCCAUCAUUUAGUUUAUCUUCUCUGCUGGUUCUUGUCGUGUGUGGUGUAGAUUUGUUCACAAACUUCACACUAGAGCCUUGCAUUUGAGCCCGAGCCCGUUGGGGCCUGACUUUUUUAUGCCCUUAGUGGCAGGCUUCAGGCCAAUUUUCACAUCACAGCUAGCACGCAUAUCAGGCUUCCUUAAAAAAAAACGUUUAAUGAGCUCUAAUGCAUGCGGUCUGGAAGCGCCAGUGAUGCCUUGUGCAUAGAUAGUUCCAACGACGUGCAAUGGAGAACAUAAAGGGAAAAUUGCCGUACUUAAAACUGAAAAAUGCAAGAGGAAAGGCAAACUUCUGGUCAACGUUUGAAAUCGUACGAAAUCGUGCAUACCAGCUCCUGGACUAUCAAGACCUUUGUAUUACACUGUCCUCCAACAUGCUUUAAACAUAGAUGAGCUUGAAGAAACAGAUCCAGAGGUAGCAGAAACCCUUCAGGCUGCCAAGGUUUUGGUGCGAUAUUUAAAGCAAUCCGGUCUGACCAACCAGUUAUCAAAAACUGUCACACAGAUGGCAGAAGCAAGAUACAGCAUCGUAUUCAUCAACCUUGAAACCGUCUACUUGGAGAUACAGGAGGUACUUCAGAUCCCCAGAUGUUCUUUCCUUCCUGGGGGGAUUUCUGCACCCGUUCUACAAUGCACAAAGGAAAUUGGAGGGGGACACAUACCCAACCUCGUUGUUUUGAACAAACCACUAUUGUUGAUGUCCAGGAAUUUUCAAUUAUUAUUGUUUUAUCAUUAUUAUCUUGUUAUUAUUAUUAUUAUUAUGUUUUAAUUAUUAUUUUUUAUUGAAAUGGCCAAAUUGUGACUGAGGACAGUUGAAUGUGCUGGUCAGUUAGUUUUUGUCCAAUAAAUGACAGUAGGCUACAGUUUUUCUAUUUUUUCCUAAUGAUAUAGGAUGUACCUUGUAUUAAUCUCAUUGUCAAAUUGAAACUGAGGGGUAUAAAAGGUCCACUUUUUGAGAAAAAAGAACCACCCCUUUCACCAGGCUGGCUACGGGCCUGUAUGGCUGUGCUACAUAUCACUGCAGCUGACUCAGAAUUCAGAUAUGUGCUGAUGUGAGGGAUACAACCUGAAACUGGUCUAUCUCACUACGGAUAACAAACUGAACUGCUAUUUGCUGGAGAAAUGCUGUGGGAGGUGUGGAGAAAAGAAGUCUAUAAAACUGUAUGAUUUUGUAUGUACGAUUGUAUGUAGGACUGCCCGAUCACCUGAUUGACCGCUGUUCUAAAGCCCAGAAUUCUGAAGAAGCUUUAUUCACUUGAUAAUAAAAGAUUAAAAUCAUUUACUGCCUCUGACAGACGUAUUGAGCACGGGGAGGACUUGCGGAAAGUCCAA